CCUUAUCAAAACCCCGCACACAACAGACAAUUUACAAUUUACCUCACUUAAACUCUCUCAUUUCACUUUCACAAUGGCGGAUAUCUCAACUUCCGGUACGGCGACGCCGCUCCUCCACCCCCGCCAAGCCGUGGCCCGUCCACCGACUCUCUCCAUGCUCCUCAGCCGCGCCUCCAGCCGCGGCGGCGCCUCGAUGCUAGUGCGCGAGACGGCAGCUCGGCAGCUCGAAGAACGGCGCGCCGAUUGGGGGUACUCGAAGCCGGUGGUGGCGCUGGACAUAGUGUGGAACUUGGCGUUUGUGUUUGCGUCGUUGAUGAUGUUGUUGUGGUCGAGGAAGGAGAGGCCGAACGUGCCGAUUAGGGUUUGGAUUUUUGUGUAUGCGAUGCAGUGUUUGGUUCACGUGGUGUUGGUUUAUGCGGAGUUCAGGAGGAGGAGGAGUGGGAGGAGAGGUGGAGAGUUCGAUGUGGAGGCCAAUUACGAGGAUGAGAGUCAGGAGGAAGAUGAGGACGAGGAGAGGAGUGGGGUUUUGGGGGUUACUAGUCGGUCGAGUUUUGGCAAAAAAUUUGAAUCUGCUAAUACAAUACUGUCAUUUUUCUGGUGGAUGGUUGGCUUCUAUUGGGUAGUUUCCGGAGGUGAUUAUCUGCUCCAGAGUGCUCCACGCUUGUACUGGUUAUCAGUGAUAUUUCUUGCAUUUGAUGUGUUCUUUGCGAUCUUUUGUGUUGUUCUGGCAUCUUUGAUUGGGAUUGCUCUUUGUUGCUGCUUGCCUUGCAUUAUUGCAAUUCUCUAUGCUAUAGCCGGGCAGGAAGGUGCAUCAGAUGCUGAUAUUGGUGCUCUUCAGAAGUACAGAUUUCAAAUGAGUAACGAGAAAGCUGGAUCUGGUAGAUUGAUUCCCCUUCCUACAAGCUCUGACCUCCUGGCUACUGAACGUACUGUUUUACGUGAGGAUGCAGAGUGUUGUAUAUGUCUUAGUCCAUAUGAGGAUGGAACAGAGAUUCAUUCGCUGCCUUGCAACCAUUUUUUCCACUCUUCGUGUGUUGUGAAGUGGCUCAAGAUGAAUGCUACUUGUCCCCUCUGCAAGUACAACAUCCUCAAGGGAAGUGAGCAGGUUUAAACUCUGAACUAUGUGGAUCGCUAAGAAACGUGUAGCUUCAGGUUUCUAGAUGCAGAUGCAAACUUUGAAUGUACAUCGGAGAUAAAGGUUUAAUGCAUCCCUUAGAAAUUUACCAGAAUAAGUUGUUCCAGUCUUUUGUUCAGUUUGUUUAUAAAGUCUUAACCUGUUGAAGUUGCUAUAUUGUAAUCCUACUUAUUCAGAAAGACAUCUAGUCUGUUUUCAGUUUUGUAUAUUUGUUAUAUGUAUUUACCAAUAUGUGUAUAGUAUGAAAAAGUUUUUUUUU